AUGGAAGAAGAAAAGAUUGCGAUCGUGGCACAGCCAGAUUCCGGGGCCGAGAACGGCAAGACCCGAGGCACCACUCUCAAGAAGCUACAAGGCUUGGUGGAACGCGAUCUCCUCAAAGAAAGAACCAUGCUCGACGAGCUGGGCGGACCCUCGCAAGGGGGCCGGCCAGACCACGCGGGUUAUGACCAGGACGGGUUCAAAGUGCCGGUGAGGAAGAUCCCGUUGGACGGCCAGUUCUCGGGCCCGGAGUUGAAGGAGUUGGUGGAGUUGAGCAAAGACAAGGGGCUUCUUAAGGAUGACGUGAGUGUGCGGGCCACGGCGAGCAACGAGAUCAGCAAGCACAUGGAGAUAGCCGAGCCAAAGCGGGAGAAGGGGUGA